AAACCACGAGAGUCUGGCAUCAUCAAUAUGAUGACAAAUGUGAUUAAUUUGACCUUAUUUUGAUGGUUUGAUCACACGCGACUUUGUGGAUACACGGAGGCGCCUGAGAGAUGGACAAAUAUGGACUUGGCAGCGUCUAAUGAGCGAUACAUGAGAGAUGUUGAGAGGCACUGUAAUGGAAAUAAAGCAGACUGGCCUAGAAGCAUGAUCAACAUGGUUGAUUCCUCCAGUGAGGACACAGAAAAGAGCUCUGUACUGCAGACACAUACCCUCAGAGAGUUUGAGCAGCACCUCAAUGACCUGAAGAAAGAAAACUUCAGCCUCAAGCUUCGCAUCUACUUCCUGGAGGAGCGUUUCCAGCAGAAAUUUGAGGACAGCAGCAGUGAGGAUGUCCACCGCAGGAACAUUGAGCUGAAAGUUGAAGUGGAGAGUUUGAAACAGGAACUCCAGGAAAAACAGGAGCAGCUUGACAAGGCCCUAAGCACAUCAGAGAGUCUGACCAAUCAGAAUGAUGUGGAGGUGCAGCAUCAAUCUGAGGAAAGACAGCAGAAGGCCAAACACAUGCAAGAGAUCCUGGAGACAAAGAUCCAGCUUUUGCAGGAGGAGGCUGAGCUGGCAAGGAGUGAAGCAGAAAAAAUGGCUUCCCUGGCUGACUCAGAAUCCCAGCGCUGUUUGGCUCUAGAGAGGAUGAUGGAGAUGCAGGACGGAGAUGAGAGCUUGUCCGCCAAGGCACAGCAAGAAGUUCUGGCUAAGAAAGAUAGGCUGAUAGAAGAACUGAAUGAACACCUAUGCAGAAGAGAGCAAGAGGCAGCUGGUUUAAGUGCAGAUAGGGACGUCCUUAAUGCAAAAGUAACUCAGCUGGAAGAACAAGUGCAGAGCCUGAACUUUUCCCUCCAACAGAAAGAAAAGCAGACCUUAAGAGAAGAACUGACAUAUGGAAAAAGCAGCACACAGCAGGAUAUGCAAAGUUUGAUCCAGGAGCAGCAGUCUCAGCUGGUGCAGUAUGAGAAUGCAGCUGGUCAGUGUGUGAGCGAGCUGCAGAAGGCCCAACAGCAGGUCCAGUCUCUACAGGCCAAGAUAAGAGAGAGCGAAGCCAACAAUGAGAAGCUACAGCAGAGGAUCGGGGAAAUGGAAAGUGAACUACGUUCAGUCAGAGAAGCAGCAUGUGGUCAAGAGAGAACAAUACAGACCUUGAGUGACUCACUGAACACUAAAGACUCUGAGAUCACUGAUCUCCACCGGCUCAUUGAGGAACAGAAGGAGCUUUUGUGCUCUCUGAAGCAACAGAACAGCCAUUACCAGCUUCAAGAGCAGCAGAUGUCUGGAGUGGCUCCGAGUCGUUUGCAGACCGAUCUGUUGGACCUCCAUGGGUCUCUGUUUACCGCUCAGCUGGAGAUACAAGGCCUCCAAAGAGCACGGCAACAGGGCCAGAGACGAGAAGAUGACCUGGCCCGCUUGAACCAGCAUCUCCAAGCUGACGUGCAGGGAGCCCUGCAGCACCGGCAGGAGGCAGCAAGACACAACCAGGAUCUGCUGGCUGCUCUCCAGAGGGCUCGCUUUGAGUUGCAGCAAAUGGAGGAAAAAUAUAUAGAUGAAGGGAGACAGAGAGUGAAAGAGGUCGAAGAACGAGAGAAGACCAUCCGAGAGCUGAAGACCUUACUAGAGAACAAAGAGCACCUGAUACAAGACUACAGUGAACUGGUGGAUGGCCAGAGCGAGCCAACCGGGAAUAGAGACAAUCUCAUCCACAAGCUAAAACAACGCAUUCAGGAAAGAAAUAGAGCACUAGAGAGAGCAAUAGAUGAGAAGUUUGUGUGCAUGGAACAGAAAGAAGACGAGGUGCUUAAACUGCAGCUGGUGCUGAGAGAAAAAGAGAGAGACCUGGAGAAACUCUGCUGUGUGUUGUCCAAUAACAAGGAAACCAUCACGAGUCUGGAGUUGCUUCUGCGUGGUAAAGGUUUAGAGCUGGAGCAGGUAUGUGAGGCCUGGCGCAGUGCUCAGUGUGUUCAGCGUGAAAGAGAGGAGUCACACACACGUAGUCUGCGAGAAAGAGACACUCUGAUCAGCCAGCUGCAGACAUUACUCCGUACACACACCAAAGAGUCUGAGGAGAUGACUGCAAUUCUACUCAGUAAGGUGUCGGUCGGGUCCAAUGAGGUGGUUGAGGAACUCAAGUCUCGGCUGCAACUGAAGGAGCGUUUGUUCCAGGAGCUGCUAUCGGACCACAGCAGACAGACUCAAGAGCACCACUCACAGGUCCAGGACCUGCUCAACACCAUCAACAAAAGAGAACAGUACAUCAAGGAUUCUGCAGAGCGUGUGGGUCAGGUGAUGGCUGAACAGACUGCUCGAUUGCAGGAGCUACGCAGACAGCUUGAGUCAACAGACCCUCAGCAGACCACAGCAGAGUCUUCUUCUGACACACAGACACUCCAGGAUGAUCUCCAGCUGGCUCUGCGCAGAGAAAUGGAAGCCCAGAACCAGCUGUCUGCCUUGCGGUCCAACCUGUCCAGCCACCAAGACCAACUCCAGGCCCAGGCCUCAGAUCUGGAAGCCUUGACCAGAACUUUGAUUAUUAAAGAAGAAAUAAUCAAGGACUUGCAGAUGCAAUUGGUGGAGCCAUCUGGUUUGCCUCUAGUCGAGCGACUAACCCAAGAGCUGCAUGAGCUGAGAGAGUGUUUGGGACAUCAGGAUCCCACUUGCAUUAAUCACAAGCAGGCUGCCCUCGAUACAUUGGUGCCCAUGGAAACAGGACUGGAUGCCAAACCUCAUGCUGAUUUUGGAGGUUUCAUCUCAGAUGAUGGAGAAGAGGAUGAUGAAGACUGCAAUAGUGAGUUUGCAGACAGUGCCGAAGACGAGGAGCACUCCAAACUGACUGCUCAGUCUUUGGUCAGCAUGCAGAGUUGUGAGCUGCAUAGAGGAUUCAGGGGCUGCCAGGAUGCAGUGGCUGAGGGUCAGGGGCUGGCAGAGGUCAAGCUACUGGUGGAACAGAAAAGGGUGGUAGAGAGAGAGCUGAUGGAGCUCAAGUCUCAACUAAAGAUAGCUGGUUUUUCAUCUCUCUCUCAGAUGAGAAAGGCUUUCUUUGCACUCCACACUGAGAAUGAUGAGCUCAAGAUUAUGCUGACUGCAAGAAAGGCAAAUAAUGAUGGACAGAAGAUCACAGCAGAUAGGGCUGAUGGACAACUUGUGGAUUCAGCUGGUAUGAAGGCAGGUGAGAGUGUGUCUGUAGGGGAGCCAUUGAGAGAGCAGACGGUGCAUCUGAAAACUAAUCUUGAGCAGGUGCAGCAAGAGAGUAGAGAGCUUCAGGAGAGACUCAUGGUGUCAGAGGCCACAGUUCAUGCUCAGGCCGAGCAACUCAAAGACUACAGAGAACUGCUUACGGAAACAUCAGUGCAGCAGGAUAGUAAGCAGGUCCAGGUGGACAUCCAAGAUCUGGGCUAUGAGACAUGUGGCCGAAGUGAGAACGAGGCAGAGAGAGAAGACACCAGCAGUCCAGAGUUUGAUGAUCUGGAGCUGUGCACAUCUCUCUCCUAUCAUGACGGGGGCUCUCAGUGGUGGGGUGCUCCCAGCUCACUGAACUCUGGCAAGACUGAAAAUGACGUGACCUACCUGCAGCGACUAGUGGAGGACCUGCGCAGUCAGCUGUCCCAAUCUCAGGCUCUGAUUCGCAGCUCACAGGCCCAAACGCGUGAUCAUACCCCAGCCAGCACUUCCCGUAAGGUCAACUGGGGCUUGGAUAACUGUGAGACACAGAGUGCAACUGAGGAAGACGAGGGCUGGCAGUCGUCUGAUGGCUUUGGCUCACUUCCCCGCAAGCCCAAACAAGACCGAGAGCUGCAAGAGCUUGUUUCCCGAGUGACUUCACUGGAGGAUCAGCUCAGGAAGGGUAAAGGCCAUACAGAGGAUGGCAAAACUGUAAACUGGCCAGGUAAGUUUGACAUGCUGAUUCAAGCGCAGGCCCGCGAGCUGUCUCAUCUGCGUCAGAGGGUGCGUGAGGGCCGUGGUGUGUGCCACAUUCUGAUUCAGCAUCUGAGAGACACCACCAAGGCCUUUGAAGAGUUGCUGCGCUCCAAUGACAUUGAUUACUACAUGGGCCAGAGCUUCAGAGACCAGCUCUCUCAAAGCCUUUCACUCACCCAGAGAGUCAGCUCCAAGAUCAGCGGCCGUGAUCACACUGAAGUUUCAGAUGAUAAAUCAGACCAUGAGCUGCUUGCAAUUCGGCUGAGUAAGGAGCUACAACAGAAAGACAAACUCAUCGAUUCGCUAUGCUCCAAACUCGACCAGCAACAACCACGAUCAGAAACACCUACCAGCAGCCACGCCCUGUCAGAAGCUACAGAUCAAUCAGACAGGACUUCUUUUGUGUCAGAUGACCAUGGCUCGACCAAUGAGGAUCUUGAGUUGUGCUCUGAACUGGAUGCUGCCAGUGAAUAUGACCGAGAGGAGGCUACAAGAAAUGGCACAGACUCACAAAGUCAUAGAGGCCCAGCUGCAUUACAUGCAUCCAUCCCUCCUUCCAUCAUGUCCUCUCACAGCCAUCAGUCCUCUAGCACGUGUCCCAGGAUGCACUGUACACCUCAAAGACCAAUGGAAACCCAAACACAGACAGGCCUCUCUGCUGGACCUCUGUCCAGCUCCAUUUCCUUCUCAACCUCCCCCCACUGUCUCCUCCACCCUUCAUCUCAAAUGCCCCCUCAACCUGUGUUUGAUCCUCAAAAUCAUCCCUUGAGAACCCGUAACCACUGUGGUGAGGGAUUCUCACUGGCAGAGGUUCACCAAGAGCUUCAAAUGCUUCAGAGACAGCUAGGAAACAGCUACCAUGGUCCUCAAGUCAAGCCUCUGCCUGGGUUUACACUGAGCUCCCACACUCAGCCAGACCAUAGCAUCAUACACACAUCCCAUCAUGCCUUUGAACAGUCACCUAUAAGCAGCCACCAGGCCAGUCCUGCUAUGAAAUCAGGGGCAAGCUUCCUCGAGAGCAGUGCGAUGUGUGAUAUAAUGUAUGGCCCAAGACAGUUAAGACCAGGCACGUAUGGAGAUGUGUCCUCUGGUUCCUCAGGAUAUCAGUCUGGCCAUACAGGUGCUGACUUAAUGGAGGAGCACCUUAGGGAGAUUCGCACUCUCAGACGGCAUCUAGAAGACUCUAUCCAGACCAACGACCGUCUGAGACAACAGCUGGAGGAGAGACUGGCCUCUUCUGCACGAAAUGGAGCUGGUGGAGCACCCACUAACAUCUACAUCCAGGGGCUUGAUUCAGUCAAUCAGCUGUCCAAUGAGAUUCGAGUGCUGAAAGAGGACAAUCAUGCCCUACAGAAUCAACUCCGGCAGGCCAGGACAGAUGGCAGUAAAGAGUUGGAGCGGCUGAGAGAGGCGGUUCUAUAUGGGCGUGGCCAGUUGAAGCAGGCAGAGCUAGAGGCGGAAACGUGGGCGGAUGAAUGCAGAAGACUGCAGGCUCAAAUCAGUGAGCAGACUCAGUCAAAACUGCAACUCAAAAAAGAGAAUCAAAACAGCCUGGACAACAACACCAGGCUACAGCAUGAGGUGAAUGUUCUCCAGCAGCAGUUAGGUGAGAGUCAGCGACUAGUGCACAUUCUGCAGUGUGAACUACAGGUAUACCAGAGAGUCUGCGGCACUACUGAGAGCAGCACAGGCUCAGGGCUGAGUUUGACCUUCGACCUGCAGGAGUCUAACAUACAUUUGUUGGAGCAGCAGUUGAGAGAGAGGUUGGAUCAGCGUAUGCCCCGCCCCUCAGCCAAGCAACAGCUCUUCCAUAACCAGUCUUCAUCUCCUCCCAUUCGAGAUACAGGGUUCUCCAGUCCUGCUUCACCAGCUGUGGAACCAGAUGACCUGAAGACUUCUGCUUGUGACUCAUCUAAGCCUGGCUCUGAAGGUCUGAAGUGUGAGGCCCCUGACGGCUCCUUCGCCUCCAGAACUGGACGUCAUGUGAUUGGCCACAUGGAUGAUUUUAGUGUUCUACAGCAGCAGCUACUAGAAGGGAAAGUGGUAAUCCGCAAGAUGGAAUCAGCACUGCAAUCAAGCCCAGAACAUGACCUACCACAGGGCUAUGUGAGAAACUUGCUCGCCAGCACUAAGACAUUGAAGCAGAUUCUGGAGGAGACUUGCUCUCUCUUAAGAAUGUUCUGGAGGGCAGCUCUGCCCAGUAGUGACGCCUCUGCCCAGCAGCUUAAAAAGGAGCAGUCUCUGAGAAAGGAAGUUGUUUCAUUAAGGCGUAAGCUGUCCAAACAAGAGCAGCUUCUCAGGGACACUAUGGAGAAUCUGAGAGCCUCCAGUCUCACUAAAGACAGCAUGGAGCAAUUCAUCGUUGGUCAGCUCUCAAGAACACGAGAUGUGCUGAAACAGGCUCGCACAAAUCUAGAGAAGAAUGAACUCAAGAUUGCCUCUCUAGGCUGCACCUCUCUCCCUUCAUCCUUCUAUUCCUUCUCCACUCCUUCCUGAUCUGAUAGAGGUGAGGUCACAGGAGGCUCCAGCAAUCAUGCCCCCUCUCUUGGUUGGAAUAGCAUGACUCACGCUCAAGAUCAAUAUAAAAUGAUGAGGAGUGAUAGACAGCGUCUCCUAGAGGUGUCCUGCAAAACAGACUCAAGACUUGGUGCUGCUGUGUCCUCAUGAGGUUUCAGAUUAAUUAACCCUAAAAAGCAUAAGGAAUAUACAGAACUAGUUUAAUGUUACACUUUUCUCAGAAAGACGUAAUUCUUUGGUGAAGUAUACAAGCUAAAGUUAAGAGUGUCCAAUUUUGUGUAUGUAAUGUGUUUGGAAAGCCAAAUGAUCUCUCAAAGUUAUGCAUGACUAUGGGAAGAUUCAUGUUAUAGACUUUGAAUUUUAAAUCAAGUCUUUAACCAAUGUAGCAUUAUAUGGGUUUCUAUUUGGUGAUAAUGUUUAUGUUGAACCAGCAACACUAAUAAUGUGCAAUUAUAAUACUACUGUGCUACCAGCCAGACCUUUUACACUGUAUCGUAACCCAGGGACAAGCUGAAGACCGAUGGUGCAAUAAUACUUAACUGAACCUGCUAUUGUAGAUUUGAAAUGGGAAUAUCCCAAUAUCUGUUUGUUUAACCUGUGUUAAUGCCAAAGUAUGAUUCUGUUGCUUUUAAUUAGCUAACCUUCAACAGUAUUUUGUCCAGUGAAACAAAGUCAAAUUUUUUAUUUUAUUUUCUUUUGUUUUGUUUUAAUGUUUUAUUACAUUUUUCUAUUUUUUAGCAUUUGCCCAUAGUGGAAAGUAUUGAUGCAUUUUUUUUUUUUAAAUACCUUUGGUUUUGGUCUAAAACAAAUCAGUGUUUUAUAUUUUAUUUGCAGUAACAGCUUACCAAUGGACCAGUUUACUUUUGUUCUUGUUUCUUUUGAUUUUUUUAUUAUUUUCUCACAAUUCUUUUCAUUUUUUGUUUUGUUUUCUAUUUGCUUUCCUUUUCUUUGUCAUUCUCAUUUCUUUUUCUUUUCCUUUUCUUUUCUAUUUUUUUCCUUUUCCCUUUUCUUCUUUUUUUCCUUUCACCCUUUUCGUUUCUUUUUAUUAUUGACAUGCAAUGAGAUAAAAAAAGGAUAACAAAACAAUCUCACUAAUGUGUUGAAUUAUAAUUGUUUUAGACAUUGCAGUCAAUUUGCUAUUUUUGAUUUUGAGAGACUGUAUGUAGCUCUACUGUUCUAGCUGUAUGUGGCUUUGAAAGAUUGCAAUGUGAAAAGCCUGAUGCUCUUGCAUGAACCUCAAAACUUGAGGCUUUCACAUGUAGUAUUUCACAACAGUGCAGAAAGGCCUGGGGUUUCUUAUGUACUUGUGAAAUGGUCUGGUGCCAUGAUGUUUUGUUCUGUAUAUUAUUUGUUAUUAACGCUUUAUGAGAAGCUCAUUUACAGCCGUCAUUAGGUCAGGCAUGCAACAACCAAAAAUAUGUAUGUUGUAUUUUGAACUCCUGAGACAAAGGGAACACCAAAAGACACUUGGGGUUGGUCCAUUUCAAGUCAAUCUCUUGCACUAUCUGGCUCUAUGACAAUCAGAUAUUUUGGGGAUUUUCAGUUGUUUAAGAUAUACUGUAGGUAGCAAUGCAAUUAGUUUUAAUAUUUCCCUUUGUAAAGUGAUGUAUAUUGAAAGGGGUUUGUAAAAGAGGGUAAUGCAUGUGUAUUUCAGAAAAACGUAUGUUGAAGAAAAUUCUAAACAAAAAGGGAAACUUAAUAAAAAAGGGAAU